CAGUUAUAUUUGAUACUUUUUAAGAGAUUAAUCAUGAAAACCUGGAUUAUUAUAUUUUGUUGCAUUGCAGUUGCCAAUUGUCAAUGUCCAGCAGAUGCUAUCAAGAAAUUUUCUGAAUGUUAUAGACAACUUUGGCCAGUUGAUCCAUCUAGAAAUGUUGCUCCAAUUAUAGGCGGUGCAAAUAGGGAAUUUGCAAGUGGAAUGUGCAGAGAUGAAAAUUUUCGUAAGGCUAUUGAAUGUAUUGUAGAAUUGCAAAAGAAAUGUACAGAAGACGAAAAAGUGAAAUUUCUCCUUGGAAAUGUAUUUAAUAAUCAUACAUUUGAAAGUGGAAUGAAUUAUUUCUGUUCGGAAGUUGAUGUUUAUAACCAACACGCCGAUUGCAUAUAUAGAUAUACCCGAGACGAAUUACUGAAUUGUUUCUUAUAUAGUUUAUAUAAUGAAAUUGAGAAUAUUUUUUCGAAAUGGAACGAAUUAUCUAAAGAAGAGAUUGCCUCUAGGGUUUGCGCAGCUAGAGAAAAUAGGGACAUUUGUCAAGAUGCGGCCAUGAAACGAAGUCCUUGUUCACAAGCAUUUUCAAGCAUAGUCAAGGAAACUGUUAAAAGAAUGAAGACUGACUUUUGUAAAAAAGUUAUUAUACCAUCAUUUCCACCAUUUCCCACACCUAAUCCGGGAUGUCCAUCAAAUAGCUUGGCAAACGCUUUUAGAUGUUUCCAAGAAGUUUUACCUGGUCCUGGAAGCGUUGUGGUGCCAAUACUGGGAGGUGGAAAUGCUUAUUAUGUAGAUACCAUGUGCAGGGAUAAAAGAUGGGAAAAUGCUGCCAUCUGCUUUGAGCAAAUUAUGGAAAAUUGCGUAGCAGAUGAGAAAUUAAGUCAAGUUUUCAAAAUGUACUUCAACAAAGAUAACUUUCAUAACAGUUUAAUAGGAUUUUGUAAAGAUAGUGAAGAGUAUAAGAAGCAUACGAAAUGCUAUCAACAACAAAGACAACCCCUUUAUCAAUGUUUACAGAAACAAGGCAUUGACUUUUUACAGCUCCAACAAGAUUACGACAACUUGAGUGUUAAGGGAGUUGUAGAGAGAAUAUGCAAAAUUCAAGAGGAGAAAAUAGCUUGUCAAGAUAGACCAAUCAAAUCUAAUUGUGGUAAGAAGGCAAGCGAUGUUGUAACGAAACCAUCAUAUAAAAUGAAUGGUCCAAGUUGUCCUCGAGGUGGUUCGGAGAAAGGUAUAACAAACAUGUUUCUCCUAUGUUCUUCACUCCUUUUGACUUUUAAACUAUUGCUAAUUUAAUAAUUUAAAAAAAAAUAAGGAGAAAAGGACAAUCAUUCUUCUGAUUUGAAAGAGACAAAAUAUUCUUGUAUUUAUCACAUUACUAAUCUUUUAUCUAAGUAUUUUAUCAUAAAAAAUUUAAAUGUUUCAUAA